UAAAGUUAUAAUACUGCUUUAAUGUUUUACUGUGUUAUCACAAUAUAAUCACAAUAGUGAUACUGUAGCUAUACAGUAUAAACUUCCAGUGCAAUUAUAUGGCAAUAUGGCAAUUAUAUGUAAAUAAUUGUAUUCACAAUUUUUUUCCAUAAAGGCAAAGUAUAAGUCUACAUUCAUCCUAUAAAAUCUGUUAAAAUGCUGCUUCCUGAUUCAUUUUGCCGACCUAAUAGCUUGUACAUAUAAACUGUCAAGCCUAAGCAAAUAAGAUCUAUAAUACAAACCUCUAUUAUAGAGCCAAUCACAAUAACACCACCAUGAAAUAGAAGUAUAGUAAAUACAAACAUGAAACCUAAACAUGGCAAAUAAGAUGUGUUUUUUCUUAUAAACCUUAGUUCUAAUCUGAUUAAAAAGCAAAACCAAACACAUUCUUUAUGUAGGGGUUUCUGUCCAAAGGCUUGACACCUUUCCUGAAACUGAGCUGAUAACUAUGUAAACUUACUGUGCAAGUAGCACUAAGUAAUAGUGCUGAAAAACUGAGGAGUUUUCUACCAAAUAUGGCAGAAAACACAGGAAGUAUUCUAGCUCCCUGCUGAUUUCAGCUGCCUUAGAAAGCUCUGCUUGUAUGGAAAUGUUGGUGUCCAUAUCUGGCUAAAGCACUCCAGACUCAGUCGCGCAUGACCCACCACCACUUCGCUGCUCACCCACCUGAAACGACAACACCUCCGCACAGUGUUUGCAUCUCAUUUGUAUAUAGGUGAAUGGGGGGACUUAAAUCUGUACAGGUGAAUUGAGGGCAAAACUGUUUAUUUUCCAACAGUAGGAAUCACAGAAAACAUUUUAAAGGCAUGUACUGAAACUUAGCACAUCUUUUUGCACAUAUUUUAUUAGGACGUUUUGUGUGUUAAAUCAUAUUACGACAUUGUACAUAAAAUAUGCAUUAUAAUAGCAAAGCUAAUCUCAUUGACAAACCCAGUGAGAUAUCUUUAAUUUAGCAUUAGAACAGAAGCCAAGCCAAUAUUAUGUAUAACCAAAACCUACAAAAGUCUUUUGGUAUAACUUUUAAGAAUUCUUAAGAGCUGUGGUAAAGAGUAUUUGUAUGUGCUGAAUUUACAUAUGUGCUGCAUUAAGGGAUGUAUUGCCAUCGUGCAAGGUUUUGGUUAUUUUAGCCUGGUUUUCAUGUUUUGCUGGGUCAAGCUAAAAAGGUAUUUGUGCAUAUGGUUCAGGGUUUGAUGAAAGGUCUCUGCUUUCAUGGUGGCUUAUGGAUGAGGUAGAAUAUCUCUUAAGGAAACUUGAAAUACAUUGUAAGAAGAUUUAUAGUAUUUUCUGCAUUUACCAUGGGAUAAUAAAAUGUUCUGCUAUUGUUUGCAAAACUGCAGGGUUUGAGUUGUUUUACCAUUGCUUCGAUGUUUUGGUGUGACAAAAGGAAGUUUCCUGUAAACUGUAAAUAUGACUAUACCUGAAUGACUGAGUAGGAUGAAUAACACUUAGGAUAAAUAAAUCAGCACUAAACCAAGACCUACCUAAAAUGGCCAGACAGUUGUACUAGGUUGUGCUCUGUUAACAACCUUGACAGUUGUGCUAGAACAAAUAACUUUACUUAAGAGGUGACAAUUAAAUCACUUUUUGUUUGUGGCCAAUCAGUGAUUUUUGAAUUUUGAUUCUACAAAUUUUGUUUUAGUGUAAAUAAAAAAAAAUCAACCAUUUAAGCUGAUAUUUCAGUAUUAAGUUCCCCAAGUACAAUUGUUAAAUUUAUUUGAGAUCUUAUUUUUAUUUUUAUCUUCCAGAUACAUAAGCUCACCAACACUCACAGCUGGCUAGUGUUGCUGUGGUUGAUUGAGGAGAGAGAGUAUGCUACCCCUCUACCCCCAAAAAAUCCCUCCCAUGAACUGCAUAUGCAAUUUUAUCUCAUUGGCUCCUGGCCAUUGAUGGCUGUGGGAUUGUUGGGAUUUGAACUCAACAAUCUCCUGACAACAGGGCAAAUGCUCUUCUGUUGCGACACAAGAGCCUUGAAAUGUUCUUUUAAAAAACGGAUGUAGUAUGCAUAAGCAAUCAGGAACAAAUUGCACUGUUAAGCCAAACCCCAAGUAUCAUUAAUUUUCGUCUGUGCCAUUUUUGAGCGGGUACCCAAAACAAUAGAUCUGUCGCUGGACUAGUGGAGGAAAGCACAGUUACAGUUUGCAGUGCCAUGUUUAAAAGGGUUCCUCAAGGAUUCUAAUGACAAUUUAUGGGUCUUCCUAAAAGUGUUUGGAGCCUUGUCUAAUGGGAAACACUCAGUUAUAAGGCAUCACACGCAUACUUUUCUAACUAUGUGUGUAAUGCUAGUACAGCAUGCACUGACUGAUUCCUCCGCAGUCAAAACCACGGAGAGUUCUGAGGGUAGAUUAAUAAUAAUAGUUUAUUGCCAGACAGGAAGCACCAGUACAGGGCCAGAGUGUGAAUGGUGAUUGGUUAUGGAUAGCAAUGGGUAUAGGUGUAUGGUUUCUAUAAAUAUAAUACAAACCCAUUCUGAGUGACACAAGCACGUGUGCAUAACAUGUUAUUUGCUUAAUGUAAUGUGCAGUAUAUGUGGCUGAAUAAUACAACGAGUCUUCUUUAUACACUAAACUAUGCUUAGCGAAAAGAAGGUAAUCAUAUAAUAUAUGUCACUUAAAGAAAUGGCUAAAAGUCAAUAUUUAAAUAGAGGUUAGUUUUGUCAUAUUCAGUAAAUUUCCAAUAUACCAUUCAGAUCAGAACAUGUUUGGUUUCAUAAACAUAAAAAUUGCAAAAUAAAACAAAACAACAUAUAAGAGUGAACUAAUCUAAUGUAAUCUUAUGGUAAACAAAGCUGAUAUCUAAAUAAAACCAAAGUCAGCAUUAGCAACUUUAAAUAUCAGUGAGUUUUGCUAAUGAUUAGCACAUAUAAUACUAAUUCCAUUAAAGGCUGUGAGUAUUACUUCUGGAAAAAAAAAAAAAAAAAACAACUCUGGUGAAGAUGUAUGGACUAAUAGCUGGGAGAUUAAACUCUAAAUCAUUUCAGUUGAUUCCAUUUUUCCUAAAUACCUUCAGCAGGGCAUUCUGGGAAACUACAGCUUUUUAAGGCUAGCAUGGUUUGAUAAAAACAGUGAGUUUUCAACACCCUUAAGGAUUCUAAAUGUUUUUUUUCCCUGAAAUUGUAUGUUGUGCAUUAGUAUAUGGCCUUUAUUCUUGCAUUAGAGUCAGAUAAACACUUCUACCCAUUUUUUUUAAAACAUACAUUUAGGUUGGUAAUUUUUAAUUGUAAAAACAAUUUUAUAAUUCUAUAUGAUUUUUUCAUAUAUUUGUUUUCAUGUCAUUUUUCUUUUAAACAAUAUAAUAAUAGCUGCAGUCAAAAAAUAACAUUCAUUCCUUCGGGAUCCAAAGUUCUGAAAGUGUAGAUGAGCUCUUUAUCCUUACGUUUCCUCACUUCAUUGCUCAUGGCAAUGCACACAGAGAUGUCAUUAAUGUUAUGUCCAUCACUGUUGAAGUGUCUUGCCACUGGAAAGGAGAAAUUCCUCAUUCUAAUGGUAUGAAGUAGCUCAACAAAACAGCUAGUCUCCUCUUGGUUUCUCCAAUAUAUAGCUGAUUACAUUUCUUACAGGAAAGACAAUAAACUCCUGUGGUGGUGAAUGAGGGGUGAUGGGUAAUAAAAAAUGAUCCUUCAGGGCCUGUGAUUUUAGUGGCUUUACUGUAAUAAGACCAUCCUACUUCCUAUUCUGCCUUAUACCUAAGUAAACAAAGUGGCUAACUGGGGCUUCAAACCAAAUUUCCAACAUGUUUGACACAUGAUUACACCAAAUUGGCAGCUAGUCGGUUAGAUAGCUAGAAUUACAUGCAUUACAAUAUCAGCUUUAUUGGUUCAUUAGCAAGAAUAGUGACAUAAACAAAGCAAUGAAGCUGUCAGCACUAAGCAUAUCAGAUUGUGUGUUUUGGAGGAAUUUUAUUUUGAAAUGUAAUUACAGAUCAUCACAUAAGUUGAUUAUCUGUAGCUUGAAAUCACCUAAGCAACCAAGCUUUCAUGUUAAUGAAAAAGAUAAUUAAUAAUUAACGUUUUUUUUAAAUCAUGACAGCAUUUUUUUUACUGUUAAGUAUUGUUUUCAGAAGACACUGCCAUAAUGAUGCUAGCAUUUUUUAAAAAUCAUAUUAUAUAUGUAUAUUCUUAACAUGUAUAAUCUGAUAAUAAAGUUAUAGAUGUAAGGUAAGUGCCUACUUCUGGUGUAUGUUUUGAGUUCCACAAAGCAAGUUUUCAUUAAAAUAGAUCUCAAUUUCAGCAGUUAUAUUACAGUUAAAUGCAGCCUUCUACCAAUUCAGAAAUGGCAAAAUAUAGAUAUUUUGACUCUGCACAAGAGCUAGAAAAACUUAUCUAUGAAUUUAUUUUCAGCAGACCUGAUUGCUGUACAAGGGGGGCACGGUGGUUGGGGGUUUGAAUCCUGCCUCCACCCUCUGUGUGCUGAGCUUACAUGUUCUCCUUGUGCUUCAGGAGUUUCCUCCAGGUACUCUGGUUUCCUUCCCAGUCCAAACACAUGUGUUAUAGGUCGAUUGGCAUUUCCAGAGUGACCAUAGUGUGUGAAUGUGUGUGCUAUUGUGCCCUGCACUGGGUUGGCACCCCAUCUAGGGUGUUCCUAGAGUUCAGUGGGAUAGGCUCAAGGCCCCCCUGCGACCCUGUGUAGAAUAAACAGUCUGGAAAAUGGAUGGAUGGAUAAUUGGUUUACUACCUCCACUUCCCCAAAAUUUCCACCAAACAGCUGUAGCUCAUUCACAACACUGCUGCUAGAAUAAUAUGUGGACAUACUAUUCCAAUACUCAGAUCUUCACCAUGACUCCGACUCAGUUACAGGAUUAACUUCAAAGUGUUAAUUCUUGUUUAUAAACCACUAAAAGGCCUUGGCUUUUAAUAACUGAAAAAUGUAUAUAACCCUAAUAGUCAACUCAGAUCAGCUAACAGUGCCCCAAAUUAGGACAAAGCACAGUGAGGCAGCUUUUAGCUACUCUUAUGCACUUAUCUAAAAAAAAAAAACAACUCAGAGAUAAUGUCAGAUAUGCACACACUUUAACCUUUUUCAAAUGCAGCCUGAAAACAUUUCUGCUGACCUAUUCCUUUCAAAAUCUGUAAGCAAUUUCACUGCACCUUUAGCAUUCACUUUAUAUUCUUUUCUUGAUUACAACCUAAUUUAUAUUUAUUUAAAUCUUUAUUUUACUCCUGUCCCUAACUUCAUUACAUUUUUCCUUUUUAGUAAAGGACUGAAUUGUAUGAAAUUGGGCUACAUAAAUAAACUUGUCCGGUUGGCUUUGCCUUUUUAGGAACAUUGUUGAAAUACCUCAGCAACAGGCUACAACCGCUGUAAAAUAUCAAUAUAUUAUAAAACCAUCUAUGUACUGGUAUGAAAAUUGGUUUGUACAAACCUUGUACAUAAUAGAUCAUUUUAUUACUACAUCCUGUAUUAGUGAGAUACAAAACAAGAUGCUGUGAGAGAGGCCCUUAUAGGAUCCCCAAAUUGUUUGGACUACGAACUUGUUCUUGUUUUGAAUUGCUAGGCUGCAAAAUAACAUCUAAGUAUACAUUUUUUAUUCUAAGACUUUCAUGCAAAAGACGUUUAUAAGUUCCAGCUAGCAUGUUUCUUCUAACAACGCCAACCUGGCAAAUCACAACUAAAAUAGUCCAUUUGGAAAGGCAAAGAACGCAUUAACAUUCGAGUUGAGAAAGAAUGAACUCAAAUGACAUGCAGGUAAUAUUCUUACUUGUUGCUCUUAAAUCCUUUCUCUCAAUGUGCCACUAAGUAAGCACAAAGAGCUUGUUUUAAAAGCCAUACGUCGCUUGUUUCUCCUAGUUCACACCACUAGGCGGACCAAUAUGUAGCCAACACACUGUAGCUAGCACGGAUGUCUGGUUAGCAACAAAAUUAUUUUCGUUAGGAAACGUCUAAGACUGAUGUUAGGCUAUAUAGGCGACUAUAAAUGGCCUUUGAUACUUAUUUUAUACCGAUAAUUAGUUCUGGGUCUUUCUUUAAAUCAUCAUAAAAUGAAAUGCUGGUGAGGAAAUGCACUGCAACCCAACCAAACUGACAAAUCUAUAUUUGAAUGAAAAAAAUAGCAAAAAGAUAAAUGUAUGAGAUGUAUCGAUUGAAUGUAUUGUAAUAGGAAAAGUCAGAGCUAGCAUCCAUAGAGCACAGAUUACAGAGGCGUGGCUAAGGGUGGAGUGGGGUUGGGGAGCGGGGGGCGGGGUACGGGGUUUAACACAGCACACAUACAGCGCAUCUGAUUAUAUACGUGUCCAAUGACAUUGUUCUGCGCUGUAACUUUAAUGAUGUUCAUAAAAGGUCUAGCCAAUAAGAAUCAUCAGUUUUCAUCGCUUUUUUAUCGUUUAUGUUUGAAAGCUACUAGCCAACUAGCUACGCUCUGAGCAAAAGGAUAUCGAGUAACAGCCGAUUAAUCUGAAGGAGGAGAAAAAAGAUCUGCUUUUAGAAUGUAAGAGAUACUUUCGCCCCUCUUACGAACAUGCUAUUUAAAUAAUUUUUAUUGGAAAGGUCAUAACAGUAUUUUAUUUCCUACGCCUAUUAACGUUAUUAAUAUGGCAAGGUUUGAUAUUAGAUCAUGCCUUAAAUAAUUUAAUGACAAAUUCUGAAUGCCAUCCCCGUUUCUACUACCGUCUAGAAUCCAACCAAAAAUGCAUUAUUUAUUAUUAAUAAAUUCCUGUCUACGUCACUGGCACAGAAUCAUAUGAAUGGGAAAUUGCCUAUUUCUUCAACAAGAUCUAACUCUAAGAAGGAUAAAAUUCUUAGAAAUCUGUAGCGCGAUGUUUAAAAUGCCAAACUGGGCAAAACUGAAAUGACGAACCAAAUGAUUAGAAUAACUAUUAACAAAUAUGUAUCACAUAAGAAAAGCCAUAGUGUUCACUUUUUGAUUAACAAAAAAUAUAAACAAAAUGUCCAGUAAAAUACGAAACAAAAUAAGGUUAUUUAUUUAUUUGUUUGUUUGUUUGCUCUCUCUCUCUCUCUCUCUCUCUCUCUCUCUCUCUCUCUCUCUCUCUCUCUCUCUCUCUCUCUCUCUCUGACUUGAUCAGAUCUUGUCUGGUCAUUAACAAGAUGGGCAGUUCUAGAAGAGAAUUAAAAAGAAAAUUGAAGACAAGUUAAAAGAAUAGUGUCUGCUUACAAAAAAUAGCAAAAACUGUCUGCCAUUUGCUGUGCAUACUACCGCAUAGUAACACAGUGGUAUCCAUAACAACAUUAGACAUAGAAAGAUCAAUGUAUAAUGCAAAAUCUUUAUUUCAGACUUUUAUUUAUUUGCUGAGACACAAACGGACCUGUUGGGAGAUCUGUAUCUAUGCGUAAAACUGAGGGGAGGUGAAUGAAACAUUCAAGGACACAUUUGAAAUAGCAGCCUAACAAGCUCUGAACUUUUGCCCGCACGACUAUUCCUUCUCCAGAAAUGCGACACCAUAGUAAACAUACUGACAAGUAACAAAUUACUGUGGGCGUCAUAUUGUUAGUUGCUCUUGUCUUUCCAUGUACCAUUGAAUGAACACCUAAUAUUCGAGAUCCUUCUACCACCUCCUUUGUGCGUGGGUUUUUAUGAAGAGGGGCUUCGCUAAACUAUUGUCAUCCAUUAAUGAUUAGCUGUAGCUUUUCGUUCCCCCGCCAACGCUUGUCAAGUUUUCUAAGUGUGGACCAAACGAGGUGUAUUCAACGAGGUGUAACAGACUCAAAGGUGAAUGAGGAUGACAUAUUUGUAAAAUAUGGACCAGCAAGUAAAAUAAAUGGUGGUUGGAUAAUGUAAGAGGCACAGUCAAGUAUACAGAUGUAAAAUUACACAUUUGCGAUUUCACACAAAUUUGCAUGUGUUUGGAAGCUCUUUUCCUGCUAGGCCGGACUCAUCGCAAUGCUUGCUGUCCACCUAACCUAGUUUUGGUAACAGAUCCGUCCAAUGAUUGAAUUAAACAGUCCCAAAGUCGACCCGGGACCAAACUGAAAAGAUGGCGUCACUUCCAAUUCGAGUGUUAAACGGAUUUCAAAUCUGAGUAGAGAUAUUGAACCUGCAUAAACCUUAUGUAAGGUCAGGAGAAAUGAGUCGCUGGAAUUUAGCUUUCCAGAGUAAAGAUAGGAGAAUAAUUCUGUAAAAUAAGCACCAUAACAUAUUUGGUAGCCUAGCCAAAUAGUACAUUUGCAGUGGUAUGAAGGCCUAUGAUGAAAGAGAGGAAGACGGGUUAAAAUCUCAAAAGGACAUUUGUCCCUUUCUUCGUUUCUCUUUCUCUCUUUCGGGAGAGCCUUUCACGCGGGGCUUGACAUAUUCGUGCUGUUAUCAGAUUGAUGGGCCAGUUUGAUUGAAGUGGCUUUGUCAUGCAAAUGUCAAGCGCGUGAUGGAUGGUCACCGUGCGCUGACAAACUUCUGGAGGUCCCCACACCAUUGGCGCCGUGACGGCUCACGUGACCAGCAGCUGAGGUAUAGAUGUGUUAUAGGGAAGUAGGAGCAAAUACUCUGGAGGUAAUCAUUUUCUUUUUUCCCCCCUCAUGACAUACUGCUGCGAGGUUGUAGCACGGCAAUUCCAAACUCGCAUCUUACUGGUCUUCGCCAUCCGAUGCGCAUGGACAAUUCCAGAAUGAACUCAUUUUUGGAGUACACAAUUUGCAACCGGGGAACGAGCACUUACCCCACAAAGUCUGGACACCAUCAUUUGGAUCAGGCUUACUCGAGCCCCUUUCAGUCCGGUGACAGCUAUAACGCUGAUGGACGAGUUUACGUAGGGGGCAGUGCGCCGGCGGCCACGGCACAACAUCAGCACCAGAGUGGAGUCUAUGCGCAUCACCAGCACCAAAAUCAAACCAGUGGCAUGGGCCUUUCAUCUUAUAGCAGCACAGGCUAUGGAGCGCACGCUUCCGCCACCCCGGACUACGGCCAUCAGCAGUAUUUCAUGAACCACGAACAGGAUGGAAUGUAUUAUCAAUCUUCUGGCUUUGUUGCUCCAAGUGUCGGUGCUAAUUACGGGUCCUUGGCCGGUGCGUAUUGUAGCACGCAGGGAACAGUUCCGGCGGCGCCAUAUCAACACGUGAACCGCUGCGAAGGCCAGGACCAACUCCUCUACGGCCAGGGCACAUAUGCCGACAUAUCAUCCUGCCAGCAGAAGGAGACAGGGUCGGAUCAAAUGCCAGGGAAGACCUUUGACUGGAUGAAAGUUAAAAGGAACCCUCCUAAAACUGCAAAAGUGACAGAGUACGGCCUGGGUCCACAAAAUACAAUCCGUACAAACUUCACAACAAAACAGCUUACAGAGCUCGAGAAAGAGUUUCACUUUAGCAAAUAUCUGACACGAGCUCGCCGGGUGGAAAUCGCUGCCACGCUUGAACUGAACGAGACACAGGUGAAGAUUUGGUUCCAGAAUCGACGAAUGAAGCAGAAGAAACGUGAAAAGGAAGGACUCGCUCCUACAUGCUCCACAUCUAAGGACUUUGACGAAAACUCCGAUAAUUCUACAACAACAUCUCCAGGCACGUCUCCAAGUCCCGAGACCUAACGCAAUUACCGGGAAUGAAGGUCCUAAUAUGAACUCAGGUCUUUAUAAUACAAAUUAAUAUUUCCUUAAACAUUCCAAAUCGUGUCGAACAGACCUUCAUAUUGAAAUUUAAACAAGCUAUACAUUUGAACUUACCUUUGACCUAAAGAGGGGCUAACAGUUUGUCCGACAGCAACAUAUGUGGAAUAAAUUUAGAUAAGUUGUUUACGAUUUUAAGGCGAAUUCAGGGACCGCUAAUUCCGUCUUUCAUACAAAAGUCGGUAAUGCACUUUUAGCAUGUUUACAAGUCUCUAAAUGGACCUUUCAAUUAGAGGGAGUCUAUAAGGGCAAAAUAAUAUCUUUUAUAUGGCUGUUUCUUUUUUGUGAGUAUGUAGAUAUACGUUAGUGAAUUGUUUAUUGAAAGUAGGCUAUGUCCUAAGGUUAAAUCGGACCGUUUGCACUAUGCGGUAACAGGGUAGGCCUUCACGCCACUGAUGCACCUCACAGUUACAGUUAUUACUGUAAUCCAAACUACGACUGAAUGAAUGAUAUUAUUUUUAUUCCUUGGUGCAUAAUUUUAAAACGUAAACCAGACCACAAAGUUCUAUGUAUUUAACGAUUCAGGAUUUUUAUAACAUGGGAUAUAUCUAUAUUGUAGCCUUAUUUCAAUUUCAUGCCACGGACAAAAGUUUUUGAGACUUGUAGAGUGCAGUUGUUUAUGAUAAAUACAGGGUUAAUUCGUACUUUUCGUUAUCCAAAACCUUUAGAUAAUGAUAUAUAUUUUGUGGUGUAAACACAGACUGGCUGAGUUUUAUUAGUUUGUCUGUAUGUUUUAACGAAAGUCUUAUUUCAAAUAUGUGUCUACCUCAAAUAAUAAUAAUUAAUAAUAAAAGUAUUUUUUACUGA